GGUUUGUCUCCCGGAUGUAGUGACUACCGGUUGGCACGCUGUGCUGUCUCGUGCUUGGUGAUGCCGGGGGAUAGUCGGCGUGUGCGGGGCCCGGAGGACGGCUCUCAGAGCCCGGCGCUGUACGCUGUGAAGGAGGAAGGGAGGGGGGCUGCGGGUUGGUCGGGGCCCGGCGGAGCAGCGCGGGGUCUUUGUUCGGGCCGGUUUCCUGAGCCAGGCGGUGGGCUCAGCCUAUGUGGAGGUGGCGGAGGGCAGUAAGGUGCUGAGUGGAGUGUGGUGGGGGUCCGGAGAGGGCCGGCUGAACUGUGACCUGCGCUGGGCCCGUUUCUCCUCCCCCUCAGCGGGCACACAGCGGAGGGGCGGCGGGGCUCUUCUACUGCAGCAGAGUCUGGAGGCCGCGGUGCGGAUGGACCGAUACCCCCGGGCCGAGCUCGUGGUGUCUGUGCUGGUCCUGGAGGAUCGGGGCUCCGCACUGUCUCUGGCCAUCACCUCUGCCGCACUGGCCCUGGCCGAUGCCGGCAUAGAGAUGUACGACCUGGUGGUCGGGGCCGCCGCCUCCAGGGGAGACAACGGGGACAUUGUGCUGGACCCCACCGAGGGCGAGGAGGAUUCCGCCGCCAAUAUGUGCCUCGCCAUCAUGCCCACCCUCAACCAGGUUUCAGGUCUCCUCUGCACUGGAGAAUGGGAAGGAGACAGCCCAGUGGAAGCCAUGAAACUUUGUAUGGAGGGAUGUCAGCGUCUCUACCCAGUGCUACAGCAAAGCCUCCUCAAAUCUACUAAGAAAAAAGUUCCGGCACCAGUGCCUGAUGCCAGCUAG